ACGUGAACGGGAGUUAACCCUGAUGUACCUGCUUAAAGGAACCGCCGUCCUAGCCACAGACGUCAGGCACAGGAACAGGUAUAGAAAAUAGUUUUUUACGUUUGAAAAAAAAAAAAAAAAUCAAAACUGCUGUAACACAAAUGAAUUUAAUUUAAGUCAGGUCAGAUUGAGGUAUAUGGAAGAUAUGUCUUUCUCUGUGUGGAUUUGAGCGACGGAGAUUCUAUUGGAUUAACUGUAGUUCAAGAGAGACCAAGUACCGCGCGAGUGAUUUAACAAUAUGAAACACCAAAAGUCAAAAAUGCGAGAACUCGAGACAGCCAGAGUUGUGUUCAUUCAACCUGAUCCUUGGAUUAUAAUGGUUUGAUUUCAACUGCCGUGGUCUCAACACGCUGAAGUUUACUGCGCUCAGGAGGGAAUAGCGCCUUAUGACUCGUAUCUGUGAUAAACACACCGGCGGGACCAGGGACGAGACUAUCCAGCACAAUGUCUAAAGUGAUACUCAAGAAAAACCACUGGACCAACAAAGUUAACGAAUGUUCAUUGUGCAAAAACGGUCGCGGAGAGUUGACCGUGGAAUUGCGCGGCGGUGCGGAGAAUGGAGAGUUUCCGUACGUUGGGGAAGUGCGAGAGGAUGCGGUGCUUUAUCAAUACGGGCAGCUGUCCGACGGGGAAUUAGUGUUGGAGGUCGAAGGCUUGGCUGUGUCUGGACUGCCCCUAUAUGAUGUGCUGACCAUUAUAAAGACUCGCAAAAGUCCUAUCAGGUUUAAAACUGUAAGACAAGGCCACCGUCUGAACAAGGACCUGAAGCACUACCUGAGCCUGCGCUUCCACAAGUCCUCGCCGGACCAUGAGCUGCAGCAGAUCAUCAGGGACAACCUGUACCGUCACGCUGUGCCCUGUACCACCCGGCCACCACGGGAAGGAGAGGUUCCGGGGGUGGACUACAACUUCCUGUCCGUGCAGGACUUCCUUGAGUUGGAGCAGAGUGGCACUCUUCUGGAAGUAGGAACUUACGAAGGUAACUAUUAUGGAACACCCAAGCCGCCAAGCCAGCCCCCCUGUGGGACAGUGAUUACCCAGGAUGCACUGCGAGACGGCCUCACAGGUUCCCAGAAUUCCACCCCCAAGCGCACCAAGUCCUACAAUGACAUGCAACAUGCAAGAGUAGUGCCAGUGGACAACGGGGAUGACGACAUUGCUGCAGACAUGAACAACACUUUCACAGAGUUCUUAGCGCGUAGUCUCUUCCCAUCUCCCCUGUUGUGUGCAGGAGACACUGGCCGGCAGGAAGUGCACGGCGUCGUACGAGAGAGCGCCCCCUCCUACGCGCUCAACAACGCCAUCGCCUCGCCACCGGUCACCCCCGCCAGCCCCCAUCAUGCCCAGCUCCCUCCCGAGGAGGACCCCCUGGGCCCGCUGCCUGACAACUGGGAGAUGGCCUACACAGAGAAUGGAGAGGUCUACUUCAUAGAUCACAACACAAAGACGACCUCAUGGAUGGACCCUCGCCUCGACAAGGAGCAGAAACCUCAGGAGGAGUGUGAGGAUGAUGAAGAAGGUGUACACACAGAAGAGACCGACAAUGAACUAGAAUUGCCGCCUGGUUGGGAGAGGAUAGAUGACCCUGUCUAUGGAGUGUACUAUGUAGAUCACAUUAACAGGAAGACUCAGUAUGAGAAUCCGGUUCUGGAAGCUCGCCGUAAGCAGCAGCUCCAGUCCCAUCAGCCACCUGAAGGUGAGCGCUACAUCCGAGAGUGGAUAGAGGAGCAUUCGUCGGCUGGAGCCCCACUGGCCUCGUACGCUCCCAACCACCUGGAGACCUACAGAGACCCCCAGCCAGGACCCACCCUGCCUCCUGCCCCGGGCAUCAAACGGGGUAAGCCGUUCUUCACCCGUAACCCGGCCGAGCUGAAGGGGAAGUUCAUCAGCACCAAGCUGAAGAAGAGCCAUCGCGGCUUCGGCUUCACCGUGGUGGGGGGAGACGAGCCCGACGAGUUCCUGCAGAUCAAGAGCCUCGUGCUGGAUGGACCUGCCGCUGUGGACGGCAAGAUGGAGACAGGUGAUGUGAUCGUGAGCGUGAACGACACCAUCGUGCUGGGCUACACGCACGCGCAGGUGGUCAAGAUCUUCCAGUCCAUUCCCAUCGGCUCUAUGGUGGAACUGGAGCUGUGCCGCGGCUACCCGCUGCCCUUUGACCCCGACGACCCUAACACCAGCCUGGUCACCUCGGUGGCCAUCCUGGACAAGGAGCCCAUCAUCGUCAAUGGCCAGGAGGCCUACGAGCCUCCCCAAGCUGCCCUCGGUGGACCCCCAGGCAUCAUGGGUAUGGGCGUCGGUGCUGCCAUACCUGGCCCCCAGGCCGGCUCGCUCAAUGGCAGCCGUGAGCCGCUCCUCCCCUACGGAUCGGGCGCCAUGGAAACAAUGGGCGGCGGCAUCGCCGGAAUCGCCGGCAUGGGCGGCAGCGACGGUUGCCUGGGCUACAGCAGCGAUGUGGUGACGUUGGCGUCCAGCAUCGCCACGCAGCCCGAGCUCAUCACCGUGCACCUGGAGAAGGGCGACAAGGGCUUCGGCUUCACCAUCGCCGACAGCCUGACCGGCGGCGGACAGCGCGUCAAGCAGAUCGUGGACUACCCGCGCUGCCGCGGCCUCAAGGAGGGCGACAUCCUGGUGGAGGUCAACAAGCGCAACGUCCAGAACAUGAGCCACAACCAGGUGGUGGACCUGCUCAGCAAGUGCCCUCGCGGCAGCGAGGUCACCAUGCUUGUGCAGAGAGGUGAGGGAGUGGUGCCGCCCAAGAGGAGCCCCAAAGUGGUGCAGCUGGAGAGGAAGGACAGCCAGGGCAGCUCGCAGCACAGCGUGUGCAGCCAGCGCAGCGUCCACACCGACUCGCCGCUGCGAGCCGUGCCCUGCAUGCCCACGCUGCCUCCGGACGCCGUGGUGGCCGUGCCCCCGCCGCCUAACCAGCCGCUGCCCAGUCUGCCGCCCCACGACCCGCCGCCCGACGCCACGCUCCAGAAGAAGCCCGACCCCUUCAAGAUCUGGGCCCAGUCCAGGAGCAUGUACGAGAGCCGCAUGCCAGACUCUCAGGAGCAGGAUAUAUUCUUGUGGAGGAAGGAUACAGGUUUUGGCUUCAGAAUACUGGGUGGAAAUGAACCAGGAGAGCCGAUCUACAUUGGUCACAUAGUGAAGUACGGGGCGGCGGACGAGGACGGGCGGCUACGCUCUGGGGACGAGCUGAUCUGUGUGGACGGCACAGCGGUGGUGGGCAAGUCCCAUCAGCUGGUGGUGCAACUCAUGCAGCAGGCCGCCAAGCAGGGACACGUCAACCUGACCGUACGACGUAAGGCAGGAUUCGUGUGUAAGGGCGAGGGCGACGUGCCUCCAUCCCCAGCCUCCUCUCACCACAGCAGCACGCAGGCGCCGUCGCUGACCGAGGAGAAGCGCACGCCGCAGGGCUCGCAGAACUCCCUCAACACGGUCAGCUCGGGCUCGGGCAGCACCAGCGGCAUCGGCAGCGGCGGCGGCGGCGGCUCGGGCAGUGCCGUGGUCUCCGUGGCGCUGCAGCCCUACGACGUGGAGAUCCAGCGCGGCGAGAACGAGGGCUUCGGCUUCGUCAUCGUCUCGUCUGUCUCACGGCCCGAUGCCGGCACCACGUUCGCUGGAAAUGCAUGUGUGGCCAUGCCCCAUAAAAUAGGGCGCAUCAUCGAGGGCAGUCCGGCUGACCGCUGCGGGAAGCUGAAGGUGGGCGACCGCAUCCUGGCCGUCAACGGCUGCUCCAUCACCAACAAGUCCCACUCCGACAUCGUCAACCUGAUCAAGGAGGCCGGCAACACCGUCACCCUGCGCAUCAUUCCCGGGGACGAAUCCUCCAAUGCCUCUCUCCUAACCAACGCUGAGAAGAUUGCCACCAUCACCACCACACACACACCGCAGAACGAACCUAGGAACAACGCAAAAUCCAAACAGGCUCCCCAGACAGGGCAAACACAGUCCAACCAGGAUGCGGAGUACUACUCGGUGGACCUUGAAAGAGACAGUAAAGGUUUUGGCUUCAGUUUGAGAGGGGGCCGUGAGUACAACAUGGACCUGUACGUGCUGAGGCUGGCCGAGGAUGGAUCGGCCGUACGAAACGGCAAGAUGAGGGUGGGAGAUGAGAUUCUGGAGAUCAACGGUGAGAGCACCAAGAAUAUGAAGCAUUCGCGCGCCAUCGAGCUCAUCAAGAACGGAGGGCGCCGCGCACGCCUCGUCCUCAAGAGGGGCGAUGGCUCCGUGCCCGAAUAUGACGGGCCCAAUGACGGGUACCCUCCCUCACCCGGGAAAAAUCUUUCGGAAGUGAGAACUCUGCCGCCAAACAGCCGAUUCCACAUUCCAUCCGAGUCCAGCUACUCACCCGACUACCACACCCCACCACGACACAUGGAGCAGUGGAGAGAGAGAGAGAGCGAGAGAGAGAGGGAGGACAGGAGGGACUACGCACGGGCCCCAGCGAGCCAGCAGCAGCAGUAUCAGCAGCAGCAGCAGCAGCAGCAGCAGCACCAUCUUCUAUCUUCCCAGCACCACCCUCAGCACCACAUCACCUGGAACAACCAGCAGCCACCGUCGCCACCGCCCACGGACGACCCCAAGAAGAGCAACCGCCGCAAGGUGAAGAAGUCCGAGUCGGAGAGCGGCAUCGCCAAGCUCUUCAAGACGCUGCGCAAGGAGGGCGGCUUCGGACGCAAGUCGUCCGAGCGGGACGGUAGCGGGACCCUGGGCCGGCGCGGCGGGCGCUCCCCCGAGAGGAAAGCCCAUGGCGGGGCGCAGGCUCGCCGCGGCUCCCUGGACCGCUCGCCCACGCGCCACCGCAACUCCUCGCCGGACCGGCGCCGUGCCAAGUCCAUGGACCGGCGGGCGGAGUACCGCGACCGCACGCCCGAGCGCGCGUCCGCCACCUCCUCCCGCCAGUCCAGCCACGCCCAGCUCCUGCGCCUGGCCCACACCCCCGAGCGGCCAGUGUUCUACCGGCCGCCAGGACGCGAGCCCCACACGCCCGGCCGCAGCUCGCUGCUCUCCCGGGACGCUCUCUCCACCCCGGAGCGGGCCAACAACGGCCAGGCCAUGACGGCGGCGGCAAGCAUGGCGAGCAUGGCGGGCCGUGGACGCACCCCCGAGCGGGGCCUGAAGAACGGGAACGUGCUGCGAGACUCGGGCGGCGCCGAGCGCGACGACCCCUGGGGCCUGGGCACACCCGAGAGACGCUACCGUUGCGAGUCCACCUCGGACAGCAGCUGCAGCAGCUACCGCGACGACCCCCCGGCUGCUCGCCUCAAGGACUACUACAGCACCAACACGCUCAAGUCCUGCGGCUCGAAUGGCUACCCCGGCACCCGGGGCCCUGCCGGCCAGCCCCACGUCCCUGAGCCCAAGAGACGGCUGUACAAAGAGAACCACACCGACCUUAGCAUCUGACUCCCGCCGCCAGGGGCUACUGCACUGAACUGCACUCGCUCUCUAACGCCACCUGCUGGACUACUGAGGACUACUGAGCUGUGAAACAGACCCACAAAACCACUUGACUGAUGGACGUUACUGGUCGGUUUACAUAUGAUAGCAGUUUGAUACAUUUGUAUGGUUGACCAUUUGGUUGGUUGAUUGAAUAAUGUUGAUUGAUAGGUUUUCGAUGUUGAAAUGACUGGUGAUUGCUUGGAUGUUUUGCCUGAUUUUGGUUGAUUUUGGUGAUUCAUUGAUUUGGAACUCCUGUGUCCCUGCUGAAUUUCAGAAGUACAAUCUUUUAGUUUCAUUGCCUUUGUGUUUGUUUGUUGUGCUGAUCAGAGAGUAAGAGAAAGCGAUAGAGAGAGAAAGAAAGAAAGAGAGAGAAUGCUGUGGACCAAUACAGGAGAAAGUAAGUUAUGUAGGUAUGUGUGAUGAUUUAUAUGUGUGAUCAGAGAAUGAGUUCUUAGAAAUCAGGCCUCUUUGUUUGGAAGAUAUCGGUAUACUUAAUCUUUUAUUCUGAUGUUAGACUUACUGAUGAGUCACACAUGCACCAGCCAAAAGCGUGGAAUCUGGUGCUGCUGCGAUUUGAGAGUAGUUUUUAUCAGACCCCUGUGUGUCUCAACCCCACCCCCACCUCCACUGCCUCCCUAGGCAGAAAAUAGCACAAGCCUUGAGACACUUGAGUACAUUUGAUGAAUGAAUGAAUGAAUGCCUAGACUGGACGGCAGAUGACUCUGGCACUGGGUCUGGCACACACGUGGCAUGUCCAGGGCCUUGUCCCCUCUGGUGUUGGUCAGAUCAGGGCCUUACUCCCCAUGCCAUUCAGCUGCCGAUGGGUGUGAUCGCUGCAACUGAAGGCAAAAAAAAAACACUGUAGAAAAAAAAAGAAAAAAACGAAAAAGUUAAAAAGUUAAAGUGAAUGCUAACUACAAUGCUACUGUUGUCGAAUGAAGUAAUAUAUUUAAAGAAACAAAAUAAAAAAUCCUUUGUGAAGAUGUUUUAUUUUCCUGAAACAAAUUGACACAAAAGCAAGUAGGCUGAGGGCAAGACAGGACGUAGGCACACCAACUCUAAUAAAAGUCUCUCUCCCUCAGAUUUGAUUUUCUAAAAAAACUAUAUUCAGCCGAAAUCAACACAAACUUACUGGAUUUCCAAUUUACUUUACCAUCUUCCAAUACAUUUCUGCUUUUGCUGAUUGUUAACAUGCUAAUACUGCUAAUACAAAGAAUGAACAUGGUGUCCUGCUAACACACUACAGUAUGCUACAGUAAAUAUACCCAGAAUCGUCACACUAUAGGCUUAAAACUGGUCCAGUUCUUCAGUACUGAACGUAUGUUAUAUGUUAUCGGAUACCUCUCCAGCAAGUGUUUAGGCCUGUAUUUAGCAUAAGAUCAUGGGCCUACUCUAUGUCCUGUGGUAGAGAUCUGAUUGGUGAAAGCAAGUAGAGUGUUAAUUUUGGCUGAACUGACAUUUAUAGUCACUUACUGAUCAUCAAGUCCACAAUCCCCAAAUCACGCAAUAACAUUCAACAACCUUAAAUCCACCACAGAUGCAGAUGACUUCCAUCCACAAGACAGACAGGGAGAAGAUAGUUGAACAGUUUUUAUCUUUCUUUUUUUUAUUUGAUUCUUUGUUAAGCAGAAGGCUUGUGACCAAGGAAUGAAGUAUAUACUAUAAACUCCUAAGAGACUGAAGAAAUACAACAUAUUCCUAAGAGAGCUUGGCCGUCUGCUGCACUGGUCUAAUGAUUUUGUUGAUGGCACAGAAUAAGGAACUUUAUUUGAGUAUUCAGUGGUUGUAGGCCAAGGUGAUACACAGCUCUUCUUUCAGUAAUUGCACCUGUCUGUGAGUUCAUGUUUAGUUCAUAUCCCUUAUGAGGUCUAAGCCAAUGCCUAUGCUCAAAGCCACAGCAGCAUCACCUGCUUGGUGGUCGCUGCAGAGACAUUAUCACCUCGCGCCACAGAAAUUAGCACAACACACACCUCUUCAGGUUUGCUGGCUGUACGGUCAGACUGGACGACUUAAACA